AUGGCCUCUGCUCUCCAGUGGCACUUGCAGAGAUACGCGGAGCUGAGCCCUGGAAAGCUUGACCUGAAGACGAGUACUGCGGUGGUAAAUGCUCUCCAGUACUCGCUCACUUAUAGGAGAGCUCAGUCGCCAAAGCACGACCCCAAUGCAAUGCGGACAUUGGUGACCGGAGAAGGCGUUCCUGAGUCGCCUUUGCACUGCAGCCUACAUAACCAACUGCCGUGGGAUGGCCACGAUACCGAUGCCAAAUUCCUUGGCCAGUAUAUGUCUUUACUUGCCAUGCUUAAGAGCAAGUCCACGUUAGACACUGUGUGGCAUAGGACAUUAUAUUACCAAGUGUCAGGUGAUGGUCUAUCCAGAUUCCAGGCAGCCUAUCAAUGUGUGGAAACACUCAUCCAAACUGGAAAGAAGAAAAAGGCUUUAAAAUUUCUGGAAGAUGUAUCCAAGUGCGCCAAUGGUACCUUGCCUGGCCUGUCAGACUUUCGUGGCCUGAGCUCCUUACUCCAGACAUUCGACAUCCAGAGCAGACUGUUGGAACUCUCCGGGCAGGAAGAGUAUCUUAACAUCCUUCAAUCUCAGCUUGAGCACGUGGAGAAGAGACUCGGCAUUAAUUGGGACCCUGAAAGUUCGUCUCAUACUAUUGUUGGCGACCGAGACGCCAUCUCCCAUGAGAAGCCACUUGUGACUAUUGAUGAAACUGGUGGCCUCGGUAGCAGUGAACGUUUGGUUGCCGAAAUUCAAGCACUUGGCCGCAUGAGAUCAUGGAGCAACCUCGGCCGGAUUGGUGACCUGCUCGAUGAAUAUGAGGGAAGUCAGAUACCAGUCCAACUAUCUUCCAACAAGUUUCGGGGCAGAAAGUUUUUCUGGGUCCUUCAAAGAUGUCCUGUCAAAUUUGCAGAGAGCAAGAAUCCUCUUUUGAUAACCAGCAUUCCAAGAUCGUGGACAGCGGCCACCUUGGGCUUGAUCCGGGUGAAACCAAUGGGCUAUUAUCAUCCGACCCAGGAGCCGUUUCUUCUGUUGAUGGGCCUAGGUUAUCUCGUUGUGGAAUCCAAAUUAUCUGAUGGAGUUCGCCGCUUGGAAGAAACUGGGCACAUUGUUGCAUGGGAUCGUGUCUUCGGCCAAUACCUUAUUGUCCAGACCAGAGACCGUGACAGUGUCAACCGGCAUCAGAGGCCUCAUUCUUCUGAGGUAUUACCCCAUCUCGACGACAUAGCACGAAUCAAGCCCGUGGGCUGCUCGAAUGAGCAGGAGCUUCCUACACCCUUCCUCGGAUGCCAGAAGCAGAAUUUUCUUUUUGAGAUCAACGCAGGACGUGGCAUAUCUCCCUGA